GCUCAGCUGAUCUCUUGCAGCGGAGUUGUUUUGAACAUACAGAACUGCUGCAGGAGGACAAGGGGCAGAGUGCUGGGAGGGGGUUGUCAGUACUGCUCCCCUUUGUGCUUUUAAUGGGCUGAGAGACCGUUGCUUGGUCAGCUUUUAAAGUCUUUUUAUGUAUAUUAUUUUUUAUCGUAUUAAUUGCAGUAGGAGACCCGGGAGCAGCUGCCCGUCCAUGACCCCAUCCCUGUAAGCAUGCAGGCUGCCAUCCCCAGGGCAGUAGAGCUGUGGCUGACAGUGCUGUGUACUGCGCUCUCUUCUGCCCUCUUCCUGAUCAUCUACCUGCAGCUCUGGCUGCUUUUGCAUUAUAAACAGAAGAGGCUCAGCUACCAGAGCCUGUUCCUCUUCCUGUGCCUCCUAUGGGCAGGAUUCAGGACCCUCCUGUACUCCUUUUACCUAACCAGUUGUGCCCAGGCCAAUGCCCUGAGGCCCUUCCCUCACUGGCUCCCCUAUUGCACUCCCGUUUGUUUGCAGUUCUUCACUUUGUGUCUCCUUAAUCUUUAUUUUUCCCAGGUUGUUAUUAAAGCCAGGUGCUCGCCUGAAUUCAAUAAUUACAAGAUUCCUCUACGAUUAGGAUUUUUAUUCAUAAGUGUUGCGUUCCUAAUUGUGAAUUUGUCUUGCACUUUGAUCGGGAACCAGCCUGGCAAUCGCCAUAGCUGGAUCUCGUUAGCCAAAAUGAUAAUUAGCGACUGUCUGUUUGCCAUUUGUUCGAUUUCAUUGGCCAACUACGUCUGCCAGAUUGCCAGCGCAUCACCAGCAUACGUUUACCUGGAGUCUAAGGGCGCAUCUGGUAAUCAGGCGGUUUUAACAUGCGCCGUAACUGGUACUGUGUAUUUUCUGAGAUCGUGCUACAAUCUGGUGGUGGUCUUCACAACUCCAGUAAAUGAGCAGAGUCCCUUUAGUUAUGGUUGGAAUGGUGUCACUGACCAUGCUGCUACAGAACAGAUUGAUGGUCUAGAGUACCUAAUCUCUGGAAUCCUCUUUAUCUGCUGUGAAGUUCUGCCAAUGAGUCUGAUGAUUUGUUUCUUCCGUGCAAAAAAGCCAAAUCAGAACUUGGAAGCAGGUGGAAUGGUGAACAGCCACAGCUUUGGGUCAAGAGCUUACUUUUUUGACAAUCCUAGACGGUACGACAGCGACGAUGACUUACCAAGACUCGCAGGUGGAAAAGGCGAAAGAGAGAGCUUGCCAUCCCCUCCAAAAACAUCUUCGUGGUACGGAACGAUAUGUCCAAGUGGCAGCUGCGCCCUCUCCCCACCCCUGUUGGGUGAUCCUUCGUCGGGGACUCCUGUGCUCUUCACAUGUGGCACUCAUACACUGUCAUAACGGGACGAUCUAAACGACUUUCUGCCGCAGUCCCGCUGAACGAUGGUCAGCAGUGUUUUGUUUUUGUUUUUUUUUUUGGCUUGUUUACGUUUUAACUGAGUUUGCAUACAUUCCGCUUUCAGGGCAGUUGCAACCUAGCCUUGAAUAUUAACACAUCCUUAAUAUUUAUUACGGUACUAUUAAAAGGGUUAUUUUUGAGCAUGAAAA